AUGACGCAGAAAACUCAUCAUCCAAGCCUUGACCGAUACGACAACAGGGCGCCGCUGCUUCCGACCAGCAGGUUCGCCGAUCUCAAACCGCUACUGGCCUUUCGCCGUUUCGGCCUCUUUUCUAGCUCGCCACUACCGGGCACGCUCGUCUGGCAACCCGGCGUCGUCGGCUUCCAGCCUAUCCUCCUCGAAUACUUCGCAGACAUCUUCCCGCAUCGCUUCCUAGACAUGGCCAAGACCGCCAACGCCACCCCCUACGGCGGACCCUACGGCCGCCGCCUCUACGUCAAUGUCGUCGACGAGACCGCCCGGGCCGAGCCGGACCGGCCCUGGGUCUACGCGCCGCGGUCCUCGGACGAGCGUGACGGCUUCCGCGCCAUCACCUGGCGCCAGCACGCCAACGCCGUGAACCGCGCCGCCAACUGGCUCGUCCGGCGCCUCGGCAAGCCCGCGCCCAAGUCCUUCCCCAGCCUCGCCUACGUCGGGCCCAACGACGCCCGCUACCUCAUCCUCUUCGCCGCCGGCACCAAAGCCGGCUACCAGAUCAUGUUCCCCUCCACGCGCAACAAUACGGAGAGCCAGGUCUCGCUGCUGCGCGUGACCAAGUGCCAGAAGCUGCUGUACGGCAGCGAGUACGCCAAGAGGGUCCAGCCGUGGGUGCGGGAAGCGGGCAUCGGCGCGCUGGAGAUGCUGGGCCUCGAACAGCUACUCGACGAUGCGCCAGAGCCGGUGCAUCCCUACAACGAGACGUUCGAGUCGGCCGAGUUCGAUCCCGUCACGAUACUGCACACCAGUGGCAGCACGGGGACCCCCAAGCCCAUCUACUGCAACCAGGGCCUCUUCUGCUCGACGGACAACUACCACAAUUUCCCCGAGUAUGAGGGCUUCCCCUUUGUCAUGUCCGGCAUGGCAACCUUGUCGAAAAACUCAUACUGCCCGCUGCCGCUGUUCCAUGCCUUUGGCCUGUACUGUUUCAUCAGCAUCCCGACAUUCUGGGGCAAGCCUAUGACGCUCGGCAUUGGCGACAAGCCUUUGACUGCCGAGAGUGUAGUCCGGGGCUAUGAAGCGGCGGGAUGCGAUGCUCUGAUUCUUCCGCCAUCCAUCGUGGAGGAUAUCUCCAAGCUCGACGGCGGCAUUGAGAAGCUCAAGAAGCUGAGUUAUGUUGCUUGCGGUGGAGGUGGCAUAUCGCCAGAAGUUGGCAACGAUAUUACCUCCAAAGGUGUCAGGCUCAACAAUUGCAUCUCCAGCACAGAGUACGCCAUGUACCCCACGUACUGGCAGACCGACUACAACAACUGGGACUGGUUCAUCUUCGACAACAAGCAGUUCGGCUGCCGCUACGACCACGUCGACGACAACAUCUACGAGCAGACCAUCGUCCGCCACGAGCCCUUCCAGCCCAUCUUCUACACCUUCCCCGACGCCACCGAGUACAAGACGGGCGACCUGUUCGAGAAGCACCCCACGCUGCCCGGCCACUGGCGCUCGCAGGGCCGCAUGGACAACAUCAUCGUCUUCAGCAACGGCGAGAAGCUGAACCCCGUCACCCUCGAGGCCACCGUGACGCUGCACCCGGACGUGCGGCAGGCGCUCGUCGUCGGCCACGGCUACUUCCAGGCCGGCGUGAUCCUGGAGCCUGCCGCCGCGCGAGGACCGCUGGACAACGCGCAAAAGGAGGCCUUCAUCGCGUCGGUCUGGCCCGUCAUCGAAAAGGCAAACGCGGCGACGGUGGAGCACGGUCGCGUGGCAAGGCAUCUCGUCACGGUGUCCGAACCGAAGAAGCCGUUCCUCUUCUCAGCCAAGGGCUCCUUCCGACGCGGCGCGGCCAUCAAAAUGUACAAGCCGGAAAUCGAGGCUCUGUUCUCGGCGCAAGAGGUGAUUGAACCGGCGCAGCUUGACACCGCCACCCGAGAGGGCUUGGCCGCGGGCAUUCGGUCCCUUUUCAGCGGAGCUACUCCGGAGGGUGCCAUGGACGACGAGGACGACUUUUUCCUACAGGGUAUCGAUUCUCUCCAGGUCAUCAACCUUGCCAAGAGAAUCACGGCGGGCUUGAGGGUCUCCGGUGUCGCCGAGGAUGUGGCCGUUCUGGCGCCGCGUGACGUUUAUGCGCAGAGCACCGUCACCAAAUUGACCAAUCUUCUGUUUGGCCGCAUUCAUGGAACACAGAGCAACGGCGUGCAGAGUCAGGCCGAAAUCUUGCAGGCUCUGGUGGACAAGUACAGCGCUGGGCUGGCUAAACGCAGCGAUCGCCCUCCUGCCAAGUCGACAGGCAAGACUGUGCUGCUGACCGGAUCAACCGGCAGUCUCGGCUCCUACUUUCUUCAUUUUUUGAUCCACGAUCCAGAUGUCGCUAAGAUUGUCUGCUUGAAUCGGUCCGAGGGUGGCGGCCGUGCCAAGCAGCUCAGCGCGCAGAGGCAACGCGGCUUAUCAACCGAAUUUGAGAAGGUCGUAUUCCUCCAUGCCGAUCUCUCCCGAUCCGACUUGGCACUCGAGAAGGACCAUCUCCUGGAGCUCGAGAGGUCCGUUGACUGCAUCAUCCACAACGCUUGGCCGGUCAACUUCAACAUUUCAGUACAGUCGUUCGAAGGCCACAUUCGCGGCGUGCGCCACUUGAUCGACUUGGUGCAGAAGGCUGCCGUCAACGCCUCAAUCAUAUUCAUCUCCUCCAUCGGAACCGUCGACCAGUGGUCCGACCCGUCGCCGAUUCCAGAGACCAACCUGACGGACUUGAAUCUCGCGUCGAUGGGCUACGGCCAGUCAAAGCAGGUCGGCAGCAUGGUACUGGACACCGUCGCCAAGGUUGCCGGCAUCCCUGCCGCGGUUGUCCGCCUAGGGCAGGUCGCAGGCCCGACGACGCAGCAGGGCUCCUGGAAUGCGCAGGAGUGGCUGCCGACGAUCAUCCAGUCCUCUGCGCACCUGGGCCUUCUGCCCGACAGCCUGGGCAGCAUGACGGCCGUCGACUGGGUGCCGGUCGACAAGGUGGCGCGCACCAUCCUCGACAUGGCAACCACGACAUCCCAGGCUGCAGACUUUAGCAGCGGCGCCAAAUUCUUCAACCUAGUCAACCCAAGGCGGACGCCCUGGUCGACCAUCGCGCCCGCCGUGGUGAGCUUCUACCAGCAGAGAGGCAAGCAGCUGCAGUUGGUGAGCUUUGCGGACUGGGUCAAGGCGGUCGAGACGGCUCCAGCCUCACCAAGACUCUCGGCGAUCAAACUCCUCGACACGUACAAGGCUCUGUCCGGAGCGGCAGAGAAUGGCGCUCAUCCAGGAUUUGCGACGGAAAAGUCGCAGCAGGCGAGCAAGACAUUGGCGACGAUGGAAGCAGUGACGCCAGGGCUAAUGGCUCUGUGGUGCCAGCAGUGGAACUUUGGUGCAUGA